CAACCGGUAAAACCAGAACAAAGAGGAGAACAUUACAUCUCUGUAUCUCCUAUAAAUAUUCCACGAUUCUCUCCUUAAAUCCCUUCUUCCGUAGUUGCAAAAAGUUGCAGUUAGAUACACAGAGAGACCUACAGUGAGCGAGCAUGUCUCAAGAGGUGAAAGCUUCGCAUGUUCUGAUAAAGCACCAAGGAUCGAGGAGAACAGCUUCAUGGAAAGACCCAGAAGGCAAGGUGAUCCAGAACACUACCAAAGAGGCUGCCAUAGCUCAGCUCAAAGCUUUGCGUGAAGAGAUUGUAAGCGGCCGCUCCAAGUUCUCCGAUAUUGCUUCUCGUUACUCGGACUGCAGCUCCGCAAAGCGUGGUGGUGAUCUAGGUCCAUUUCGCCGCGGCCAGAUGCAAAAGCCUUUUGAAGAAGCUACAUUCUCCCUGCAAGUUGGUGAAAUAAGCGACAUCGUGGAUACUGAUAGUGGGGUCCACAUCAUCCUAAGAACCGCUUGAUCACAUGAUGGACGGUUUUGUUGCCUCGAAUUGUUUGAUGUAUUUCUCCCCAUUUGAGCUCUACUUUUUAACUACUGAUAUGCUGCCUGAGCUACAAUAUACUAUGGCUUGACGAUAUACUUCGCUAUUGUACCUUAAUAAUAAUUUUCACGAGUAUUGCUCCUA